AUGCCUCUCCCGAUUUCACCAGAAAAGAUCGAGCGCCGUCACUACAUCAAUGGCGAGUUCGUGGAAUCGUCCGAUAAGGGCACCUUCGAGCUCACAUCGCCCUACUCGCACGAGAAGAUUGUCGACAUGUGCGAGGCUUCCGAAGAAGACACCAACCGUGCGGUAGCUGCUGCGAAAGCGGCAUUCCCAGCUUGGUCCGCUACUGGGCCUGCUCAGAGAGCAACGCUGAUGAGAGUAUUGGCUGGCAAGAUUCGAGCGAUUAGCAGCGAGCUGGCUAUGCUGAAUGCCAUGGAUUAUGGGCGACCAGUGAGUUGAGGCUACAUUGGGAAAGUUUCGAUCUUCUCGUUGACAUUUUCCAGGUCUCUACGUACUUCGACGCCCACUUUGCAGCAGGCUACUUCGAACAGCUUGCAGGAGAGGGCUUCCACGCCAAAGGCGAGACAAGUCUCAACACGCCAGGCUAUGUCAACAUGACUUUCCGUCAACCGAUCGGCCCAGUAGCGGCCAUCAUCCCAUGGAACAUUCCCACCAUUUCCUUCGCACACAAGGUGGCCCCUGCCAUCGCAGCGGGAUGCACCAUCGUUCUGAAGACCAGCGAGAAAGCACCCCUCACCCCCGCCCGACUCGCCCAUCUCGUCCACGAGACCGGCUUCCCUCCCGGUGUCAUCAACGUCAUCUCCGGCCACGGUACCCCUUCCGGCGCCACGCUCGCGAGCCACAUGGACAUCCGCAUGCUCAGCUUCACCGGAUCCACCUCCACCGGCCGCAGGAUCCAAGCCGCGGCCGCCAGCAGCAAUCUCAAAAAGGUCGUCCUCGAACUCGGCGGCAAGUCCCCCGCCAUCAUCUUCGAAGACGCCGAUGUCAUCAAAGCCGCCAGCGAGACUUCCUUCUCCAUGUCUCUGAACCAGGGCCAGGCCUGUGUCGCCAACAGCCGCAUAUACGUGCACGAAUCCAUCGCGGACAAGUUCAAAGACGCGUUCUUGGCCGUCUUCAAGGCGGCGAAGAAAGGUGAUCCUCUUCUUCCCGAAACGACGCAGGGCCCGCAGGCAGACAAAUUGCAAUAUGAGCGUAUCGAAGCCUAUCUCAAAGCUGCGAGUGAAGGCGGCGGCAAGCUCGAAGCAGGCGGGAAGAUGACACAGGUCGACGGGAAGGGAUACUUCAUGGAACCCACGAUGUACUGGGGCGUGGACGAAGACUCAAAGACCCAAAAGGAAGAAGUCUUCGGCAUCUUCGUCAACAUCAACACGUUUACGGAUGAGGCGGAAGUCCUGACCAGGGCCAACGAUACGGAAUACGGCCUGUACGCAUCGGUUUUCACAAAGGAUCUCAAUCGGGCUCUGAGGGUUGCAAAGGCCUUUGAGUCUGGCAUGGUGGGUGUGAAUUGUACCAGUCCGACGAUGGCGAAUGAUCUGCCGUUUGGAGGGUACAAGGGCAGUGGACAGGGUCGUGAGGGCAUGUUGCAUGCUGUGCAGGAGUAUUUGGAGGAGAAGACGGUGAUGAUCAAGAUGGAUGACAGUGCGGAGAACCCGCUGCUCGCGAAGGAGUGA